CCAUCAGCCGGAGGUGGGCAUUUGGGGUGGGGCACAGCGAUAUGGCGGUGUCAUCAAAGUCGCGUGGAGAGUCGCCGCGCGCAUUUCAUAAGCCGGGAAGGGACGAUGGAGAUCGGGAUCGGCAGGAUCGACUUGUGGACGAUCGAGGGCGCGCUUCAUCUUCACGAUUGGAACUGGUGGAGUGGACGGGCAAGCUUGAUAAUUUUUCUCGUGUUUUUCUUUUUCGACGCCAGUUUACGGGUGUCGGUGAAAUCCGAAUUUUUUUCAAGCGUUCUUGAUCUUGUUUCGUUUUUUUGUCGUUUCUUUUGACGGUAAUUUUUUUUUUUUUGGUUGCCGAAUCCAGUGGUAAUUCUCACGUAUACGUGUUGUCGUUAUACAUCGUGAUGUACGCUUUGCGCUUCUUGACCAUUUUUUUUGUUGUGUCGAGGGCUCAUAUCGGUGACAGGUGUGUCGGUGAUGGUAGCAAAGUGGGGGGGGAUGAAAACGUGCACGUUGGUAGAAUUUGCCACCAUAUUUGAUGCGUAGUUCAUGAAGGUUCAAUCGCAUGUUGAUGCAUUCUUGGUUGAAGGAAGAUCGAGGUUUUUGACUGUUUGCAGAUUGCGGGCCUUGUUUGAAGGAGGCUUGACGUUUUGUUUCUGAAGAUGGGUUUCGUGGAAAACCGGUUGUGUUUGAUUUGUUCUUCAGCAGAAACAGGAUGUUUGUGGUUUUGAUUUGGUGGUGGAUCGCGCUUGGUUGAUCCCAAAAGAGGGAGAACGUACCUGUCUGAUGAAGUUUUGAUGCGGAAUGCAGUUAGGCAGGGAGGGCGUUGCCCGUACAUGUGUGUGAUACACGAAUCAGUGUUGGUGCUGCACAAGGAUCUUGUUUCAUCAUUCAAGAAGGAUUUUGCCAGGAGCGUACCUCGUGGUUGGAGAGUAGAGCGUUGCUUAGAAAAUCGUAAUCCGCAUGUUUGGUGUAAGUCGCUUUUGUUUUGAUCUUGCAGUACAGCCGUUGGAAUCAUAGAUGACAUGGACGGUUCGUUUGAUUUUGUUUGAGGCGUUGGGCCUCGAGGGGUUUUGAUCCGGCGGCCGGGUUUCCCCUUGGUUUUAUUUUCUUCGUUGUGUUUCAGCUAUUUUGACAUAGUUCCGACGCACGAGUGGUUCUUCGAUGGUGCAAAGAACCAGGGAGGGUGUUCGUACGUAGGAGUAGACAAGCCGUUACGUAGGACGCAGAUAGGAUAUACCUGGAGAGGCUGACUCUUCUGGCUCCCGAAAGUUGGCCCGACGGAAAAAAAAAAUCGUUGCGAAAUUCCGGGCGGAUAACCCGUUGGAAGCCAUAUUAUGGUCCAACGGAUUAUUUCGUUUGGUUUUCGAGCAUCCUGCUGUGGCAUGUAGCGCCAGGGGGCCCACGACAUGUCAGGAUUCGAGAUUGGAUGGAGGCCUAGAGCGGCCGAGCGGCCACCACAGCCCACACAACCCACGAUAGAGAGCGAGAGCCAAGUAAGUGCAACACGGGCACCACCAUGUCAACCGCCUCUCUUAUGCUAGAUAGAGAAGAAUGCUAGCUCCGACUGGGUGAUCAACAGGAUGAAGGGCACCAACUCGGGCGACAAACCGAACGCA